AGCUAACCGCAGAGCAAAUUUCUCAUCGCAGACAAGACAAAAUCACAAUUUCUAAGAGAUCCUCCAUCUUCCAUGAAGUAUAAGCCAAAUACGUACGCUCAUGACAAGGAUCCAUUUAGGAACGGCGGCAAGAAGAAUAAAGAUAAAUGAAGGAGGGAGAGAGAAGGGAGGUUCAAAGCUGUGCCGUGUGCCCUAAUCUUCCGUCCGGCAACCUUGAGUUGGGUUUCGAUAGCCGAAAAGUGAAAAAAAUAAAUAAACAAAGCGACACUGAAGGAUCUUCUCUUUGGACAUUCUCCUUUCGGAGUAUUUUCUUUCUUUCUUUCUCUCGUCAGGCUUCCCCUUGCUAUCACCUCAUCUGCUCUACUCUAGCAUGUUAUCAGGACCGCCCCCCUUCUCCAACUGACCGCACACCCCUCACCUCCAAAAAGUGUGUUAGCUCCGAAUGGUGUCCUGACGUCCUUUACAAGAAAGCUGACUGGAUUUAGACCGCAUUAGCGCGUCCGAGAAAAACCUUUCUGUCUUGGUUGAAUUUUUCAUUCAGCUCGUGUCCGAGUCCGGACGUGGGAUGGUUCUGUCAGAGUCAUCAAACUUCACAACUCAUAACAAUCACGGAUUUUGCCAUGUCAUGUUCUCAGAAUAUGCAG